UACCCACGUAGUUGCGGUGAUGACAGCGACGGCAAGAUGCUGAAUCUGCAAGAUGCGGUCAGACUGAUCAGCAGUGAAAGGGCAACAGAAAGGGCGUUGGGUAUUGAACAAUACAAGCAAAUCUUCAAUGAUGAUGAAACAUUGAUACGAUUUGCAGAAGGCGAUGAUGGAGAGAAGAAAUGGCUCAGAACAUUGCAAGCCUUAUUCAACUGUGUCAUUGCCGAUAGAACAACAUGCGUCAGGAGAGGAUCAUGGCAAGCAGCAGCACCUGCUUCAAAGAAACGAUUGCAGGAUAGCGCUGGAAUGGUACUUUGGAUGAUCGAAAGGUGCAAUACUUACCUCGAAAAACAAGCAAUUACCUCUGCAGUGAAUCACCUCACUCAAAUGAUCGAGUUUCGUGGAGAAUUGGUGGAGAUUGUCUCUGUGUAUUACCUUAAAGCGCUGACCAUUCCUCUCUCUUAUGCUCCUCAUGUCGAUCAUUUGGAGCCUGACUUGUGGAAAUUCUGCACGAAUCUAUGCUUCAACGUCAUCUUACGCGACCACCUAAGCAACGAACCUGAUUGGGAAGAUGCAAAAUUUGUAUCAACGAAACUCUACGAAGCACCAUCAGAGAGUACAGCAAAACCACGACGCACCAGACCAGAUGAUUUGGAAGCGGCCAAGUGCUUGUAUGCACUCAUUCGUGCAAAUCAUGCUCCUUUGGUCACCAAGGAAAGGCAUGGAGUAAUGGCGUUGUACCGCUAUUCAUGCAUCUUGUAUGAAUAUCCUCAAGAAUCUUCCCUGCACUUGCCUAUUUUAAAGGGAAUCGUGCAUACAUUGGGCGAGCUCAGCGUGAACGACAUGGAAGCAAUGUUGCAGUUCGGUGAAUUUUCUUGGACGUCUCUCUUGAAUCUUUGGGGCUCCCGUAGUCAAGCGGUCAAGGAACAGGUCAUUCUUGCUUUUCGUACUUUGAUACCGGUCAUGCAGCAAAGCCAGAAACUGGAAUUCCUUGAAACCCUCUGCGAGGAAAUCCUGGGAGAAGCAAACGAUCGUCUGAGCAUUCAGCCUAUACCUUUGACGUGCGUAGAUCUGCGAAGCACGCGAGAUCGAGGACCGUUUCGAUACCCUCAAUUCCAAGCCUCGAAUCGAAUCGAUGAAACAUCUCUUAUCAGCUGGUCAACUCUUGAACUAGGCGCAGAUUUGGUAGCAUUUCUCAUAGAGAAAGGGUCGGACGAUUCAAGCCAACCGGAUAGUCAUCCUACUCCAAGCAAAAGGCGGAAGUUGCGAGGCCGAUCUGUAGCAAUUGAACGGGGUCAAGUUCUUACCAAGGUUCUGGAACCGUUUACGGGCCAAAACCGUUCAGUCUCGUCCAGGACAACGUGGCACACACAACUUCUUUUGUUUCUGAUCGCACGUUCAUUUGACCGGCUAAAAACAAAAGCACAAGAAGAAGUCGUGCUUACAUUGGUCAAUUCGUUGGCCGGAGCAGAUGCUGAGGUUGUUUCUUGGUCACUCGUUGCUCUUGCAUCUGCUACAUCGUAUCCCGUAUUCAAGCGUCACGCCUCCAACAUUUUACAAAUAGCAUCUCGACAACUUCUGCGCGGAGCAGUCUGUCGAAGUGCGGCACACGUCUUGCAGGCAAUCAUACGAUAUGGCUUGAUUGACAAAUCAGAAAUCUCCGCGACACUCUCAACUCUCCUACCAGAGAUGGAAUUACAGAACGUUCAGCAGGUUUGUGAUGCUACGAGCGCAUUCAUCUGCCAAGCGUUGACAUUCUUGCGAUCGAAUGUAGCUUUGACUCAUUCUUCUGUCCAUGUGAUGGCUUUUACUUGGUUCCGUCAAGCAUGGCAUAAACCUCAAAUAUCGUCAACACAGCGACGUACAGACACUCUCUUUUAUGAGAUGACGAGCGAUGACGUAGUAAAUCUCAUCCUUGCAACAUCUGGUCAUGCUGACUCUGUGUCUUUGGCAGAAUCAACUUCGAUAGCGAUUUCGUGUCCGACAACAACGUGGUUGAAAGCAUACCAUUCGCGAGAAGCCAUUGAAGGGUACGUUCUUCAAGGUAAAAUUGAUGCCGAUAUGCAAGCAACCGAAAUGCCCAUUCACCAACAGGAGAAGAUAGACGACUCAGAGCUUCGAGAUCCAAGCCAAAAUGAAGCUCGAGGUAUUCAUCAUCUGCAUUUCAUGAUGAGGAAGAUGGAAACGAUGCUUGAAGAAGCCAGAUCUGCAUCCAUCGCACUCACGUAUGAGCAGUAUCAGGAUAUAGUAGAGCUCUCUUUAUCCAAUCUCAAAUUGCAGGCAUUUUAUCAAAGUAGAGGAGUUAAAGCUAUUCAGGCCGUCACGAAGCUUGCUUUUGCCUUGUUGAAAGAAUGUAUCAGCUUGUUGAGAUCGUCGCAGUUAAAUUCUAUCCAAAAGGCAGCAAUUGUCGAGCUUUUAAGCUGCAGCAUUGCUAGGACACAUACUGAGGAGCGACACCAUGCCAUUCAACCACCUGGACGUCAAGCUGGGGUGCAUAGAGACAGAAUUUUGAUGACUACCAGCCCGAGUCCAAAAGUGUCUGUCGUCGUGAAAGCGCUGCGAAGUCUCUGGACCAGCGAAGAUGCUCUACCGGUUCUUUCGAGUGUACAAGAAAUGCUGGCGAAGAUUUGCAAUAAGGGCGAUGGGCGAGAUGAAGAUCAAUCCAUGAACGAUGACUUCUUUGAUGGGAUCGCGCAGGAAUCUCGCUUCUCAGUCAAUUCUUCUCAGCACGCUUCCGAUGAUUUCAAACUCUUGGCGAUCGCUUGUCUGAAGUUGCUCUACAAUGCCUCCAUCGCAAGAACAUCAAAGGAUGACGAAUUGGAGAGGCACCUGGAAAGCCUCUUGAAUGAUAUUCCAACGGAUCUUUACAUUGAAAGCGUAGAGGUGAUCAAUUCUUGUCUUGCCGAGAGCAAGAUGUUCUUGAGCAGUCAAAUGCAGGAGAGCCAUAUCGAAAGGAUUGGCUCUGACGUACUGGCGACCUAUGCAUUUGAGCGAAACAUAGAAGGGCAAACGGUUGUCAUAGAAUUCUUGAGGGACACGAUGUCGUCUUGGCUUACCAUGUCAUCUUUAACCUCGAAAAGGUCGGAUAGACAUAUACAGCUUUGCCAAUUCUUCAUGCGUCAAUUUAACAAGAAUCAUUUGCAUUGGACCGUGGAGUGCGCUUUUGCCCGCUUGAUGGAACAAUUAAUACGCCGCAUAGUUGUCAAAGAAGGAUUGGAGGAGUGUCUGCCUAAGCUUUUGCGACCUCAAGCUGUGAUAAAGAGCUUGUGCACACUGAAUGGGCGCUCAGAUAUGCGUGCAAGAUUUCCUUCAAGCAGCUUACUUGGACGGCUGUUCGACUUAUGGGGAACGCAUUUCGGCCAAACGAAAGAACUGUACGAGCACCAAGAGGCAACAUUGCCAGUAUGUCGCGAAGAUCAAUCCCAGAUGGCCUCGCGAAUAUUAACUCUUGCUAAUAUUUGUGUUGCAAGUGCACUAGUCCGUCCAUAUUCAUUCUUUCAUCUUUUGGAGGUUUGCAUAAUUACAGGACCUCAUUCUGCUCACGGAUCCAGCACGCUUCAAAAUGUCUCUCAUUUACUUGGAUAUGCGGACAGAACCAGAUUGUGGAUUUCGUUUGCAGCUCAGCUUGUCUGUGCUAUGAUCUUCAAAGAUUAUCUUCUGGAUCAGGCCCCAAUUCACGUUCUGGGUUUCAAAUCGCAAAAAGAGUGGGCGACAAGUACUUACAAGGUUGCUGUUCCCCCUUUGCUAAACAAAGAAGGGCCAGCAUAUGAGGAAGGAUUCUCAAAAUUGUCCAAAUUCCUAGAUACUGGGAAGAGGGAGGUUGUACUUACUUGCUUGCCAAGCAUCAUUGCAUACAAGGGCGUAGAGUAUGUCUGCACGGGCGAUGAAACACCGAAUGUCCGCGAGUAUCUAGCAUCGUGGGCUGAAAGCAAUACCAAGGUUGAAAAGCCUAAGAGGCUUGUUGAUACCUGCUUGGUAAAUUCACUAGACGUGAUUGUCGUCCAAAUUUUGCAACGAUGGCAUGAGUCGGAAAAAGAACACAUGGAUCUGCAAAUUGCGACCAGCUUUCCGAGGUUCAGCAAGUUGGUGUCGUCGCUGCCUUUUCAGAAGAAGAACUUGCAUUUGCUUGAAUUGGCAGAACCGUGUGUGGGAACAAAGCAGCUUUUGAAUUUGUUGGCAUCAAUAUCAAGCUCCAAGCUCAGCGCUAUCUCAGCAGAGGUGGCAUUCAACGUUCUCAAUCAGCUUGGAAGCAUCCUGUAUGAUGAACAGUCCUUAGACAACCAAUUGCGGCUCUUGCUUGCAUUGCAUGUCUACGUGUCAAUGACAUGGUCAAUGAUAUGCGAUUCGCCAAUCUUGAUUCGAUCGCUCCUUCAGGUAUGCCUGGCGUGCCUGGAUAUUCAAGAUUUAGUGGAGCAAGUUGCACCAAUUUUGUGCUUAUGCAUUUCUAAUUUGACGGAAGAUGUGGAAGAUUUUGCAGCAACGUUGGUGAUUGUGUGCGAGAAGCUUUUGACCCAUAGCCAAUCCAAGGAUACAGAAAUAGAAGCCAUUUCUAUUGCCGUCAUGGACCAUGUCGAGAAGAUUGCUAUACAGUUGUACGACUCUGAGACAAUGCGAUCUGGUAUCCGCUCUGCUUUUUGUGCAUGGCCUCGCGAGCUUCCAAUGUCAGUGGCUCAUCUUCAAAGCUCGGAUUUGCCAGCUCUCAUGCGAGCUGUUCACGAAGUGAAUCAUAUAAAUGUCCACUUCUUGCGUCGUUUUACUAUUGCCUUGAAAGGGAAAGAGGCAGAAAGACGAGCUCAUUUUGCUUCAACCGUGCUGUGGAAGAUCCUUGAACUACUUCAAAGCAGCAAAAACACCUCGGAAGAAGAGAUGAAUCAAUUUAUGGCUGCGUUGGCGGAUAUCACAUUUCAAUGUGACGGAAUGCUUCCAAGUCCUUCUGUGAAAGCACUGCGAGAUCCUGGUGAAUCUGACAGUCUUCUCAGAUAUGUACGGCAGAUGGCUUCAGUAGACGAGAAAACCGAGGAUAAAGUCUUGCCACUGCAACGGUGGCUCACCGAAUUUUUGUUACAAAAGGUACAUUCUUUGAAUUUGUGUGAAGCUCAGGACGCUGCUUGCACUUUGCGUAAUAUUUUCAAGCAAGAUCCUCAAUUCAACGGCUUUAAACGGCAGAAAGACCAUCAAUCAAAGCUAAUCACCGAGCUUCGAUAUGUCGUUGCUUUCGAGCCUCAACGAACAACCAGCAUCGUAGCAAUGGAUAUUCUGCUAGCCGGGGAUGAGGCACACCAAAAGGCUACAGACCUGAACGUAUGGUCACGUUGGCUGUGUCUACAACUCUUUCAUCUUUUGGACGAAUUGGAUAACUCUUUACCGUAUAUGCACCUGGGAAAUCUCGUCAAAGAAUACGAAGGGAUCGCUCAAGGAAUAUUACCAUGCAUUGUGCAUGUUUUCUUCCGGAUUGCAAAAGGCAAAAAGAAUGAAAAGAGCCGUAAAGCAAUGUCUCACCACUUUAUGGACAUUCUACGAUACGAAAAAGCCAGUCCAGAAGUGUGGAAGCUGAUUAUUGAAAUCGUGUUGCAAUUAAGGGAAGACCCGCCUAGCUCUAUACCCUUCUCUGGAGACGGAUGGAUACACAAGGUGGACUGGCUAUUGCUUGCAUCGCGUUCUGUUCAAGUGCAACUGUUUGCAUCUGCUUUGCUAUUUCUUGAAGUGCAUAAUCAAUCAUCAUCAAGACCGGAAAACGCUUCUUCUGUGGACUUGCAGUAUGCAAUUUACAGUAAUAUUGAGGAUCCAGAUAGCUUCUAUGGUAUUCACAAUGACAAUGUGCGCGAUUCGUUACGGAGAAGAUUGGAGCACGAGGGCCGAUGGGAAGGUGUGUUUAGCCUUCAAGCGGCUGAAUUCGAGACCUCAAAUGCUGCAAAGAUGCGACAAAAUAUCGUUUCGACUCUCCAUCAAAUGAGAUAUGACCGCGUUGCGCUUGAGAUCAGAGUGGAAGAAGAUCAAAUAGACUACGAGAUCGGGUGGCGAACGCAGAAUUGGGAUCUUCCCAUGCAGGCAUCUGUGGAGAUGGUUUCGCCUUCGCAAGCUCUGUAUUCUGCUUUACGUUCCUUGCAUGAGAAUAGGAAUGCACAGUUUGUGCAAAGUACUAUUUCCACAGCUUUUGCAUCACAUUUUAAAGAUCUAAAGAAGAUCAACGUUGAAUCAAGCAAAGUAUCCCAAAGAAUUUUACGCGAUCUGAUAGGCCUACGAGAAAUUCAAUCAAAGGAGGACGAACAAGAUUUGUACAAACAUUCUUUGAUGGACUUUGACGUCUUUGAAUCAUGGAUGUCGAUCAAAUGCUCAUUAUUGCAAGCUGAAAGGAAACGUACUCUACCGCAAGCGUUGGGAGAGGUGAAUCUGGAUGAAUCAGAUGAGAACAUCGCAUCAGAAAUCAGCAUUCUGCUAUCUCUUAGCCAAAGGGCACGUGAAGAGGACAAAACCCAGAUUGCAAUCAAUGCUGUGAUACAGGCGCAAAAUCUUUCUUUGCAGCACAGUAUCUCCGAACACAAGUACAAGGUUGACGAAGAGUUUGCAAAAGUGCUUUGGAUGCAAGGCAAUCAUUCCAUAGCUGCUGAUGCACUCAGUACGCUGCUGCAGAGCAUGCAAAAUGAGCGUCCUGCCUCAGUUCAAAGAGAGCGAGCCCAAUCCUUGUCAACUCUUGGCCAAUGGCGUGUUACUGCCCGUUCGCAUCACGCACAUGUGGUUGUAAGAGAAUGUUUUAGACCAGCUUUAGGGCUCCUAGAGUCUAUCAAGGCAUUUCAAGAAGCAGCAGAGGUUGCAUAUCGUUACGGCGUCUUCGCAGAUGAGCAGUACCGUGAACUGUGUACAUCAAAUGAAGGGCGUCGACUGGAGAAAAUGAUCAAUGAUCGUCAUAACGAGAUUGGGCUUUUAGAUGCAGAACUUGCCAAAUAUGGUGCUCAUGCAAGGGGGCCCAAGAUUACUGCACUGAAAAAUGCACUAACCAAAGCAACGGUUAUCCUUCAAGCUGACGAUGCGGCGCUUUCAGAACAUAACAAAUCUAAAGAUAAAUUUAGACGUGAUGCGGUUGAAAUGUUUGUCCGAGAGUUGAGCUCGUCUGGACAGAUCAACGAUGAUGCUUUAAUGCGUUUGACGUCAUUGUGGUUCGAAAAUUCACGGAAUGAACCUUUCAACCAAAAGCUUGCGCCUUUGAUCAAAAGAAUCCCGUCAUGGAAAUUCAUUCCAAUGGUAAGGCAGAUAUGUUCGCGACUGAGCAAGGAUAGCUCAAUGGCCCAACAAGGAACAAGUAGAUCUUCUUCGUCAGCUUUUCAAUCGACUGUGUUUGACAUUGUUCUGAACAUGGCAAAAGAUCAUCCGUUUCACGCAUGGUACCCACUUUACGCCUUAUCACGGGGCAGCAGAGAAGCAGAACAAGAUUCUCAUUCGCGUAGAAGAAUGCAAAGGGUCAGUUCCGGUACACAUCCAUCUGCUACACAGACAGAAAGAGGUGAUGUUGCUUCUGAUAUCAUUAAUAGAGUUCGGAUUGGGUCAAAACAUAAGGAACGCAUUCAAGCAUUGUACUCGGUCUGCGAAGCAUGUGUAGAAUGGGCGCGAUUUGAUCUAGAAGAGAAAAUGCCAAAGGAAUUCGGACCGAAGCGCAGUGAAAAGAGUGCAAAGGGAAAUUCAGAUGGACCGAGGAUCCCACAGCAUUUGCAAAUCCACAAAAUACGUGAUGUCAAUAUUCCGAUUGUGACCAAAUCGUUGCCGAUCGAGCCUAAUGCGAGUUAUACUUCUUUUGUUAGAAUUGCACAUUACGCGGAUCAUUUCAAGACUGCAGGAGGUAUUCAUCUUCCCAAGAUAACAGAUUGCACGGGCAGUGACGGAAAGAGGUACAAACAGUUGUUCAAAAAUAAUGAUGAUCUGCGUCAGGAUGCAGUUAUGCAGCAAGUUUUUACAUUGGUCAAUUCUAUGCUCAAACAAGAUCGAAGGGCUAGCAAAAGAUCUCUUCAUGUCCGUACCUACAGUGUUGUUCCCUUGGGACCCCAAUACGGCCUGUUGGAAUUCGUUCCGAACACAGUCCCGCUUUUGGCGCCUUUGCAGCAUACAUACAAACUUCAUCGCGAAGAUGGACGAAUGACACCAACGGAAGCACGAGAAAAGAUUGCAAAGCUGGCGAAGGACAAAGUAUCCAUCGAGGAGAGGCGAAAAGGGUUUGAAGAAGUGUGCGAGCGUAUGCCUCCGGUCUUUCGAUUCUACUUUUUGCACCUGUACACCAACCCUUUAGCAUUACUGCAAAGUCGAUUGAAUUACACGAGAACGGUGGCAACAAGCAGUAUUGUCGGGCACAUCUUAGGUUUGGGCGAUCGACAUUCCAGCAAUAUCUUGUUGGAUCAAGAAAAUGGCGAGGUGAUUCAUAUUGAUUUUGGUGUUGCAUUUGACCAAGGGAAACUUUUACCGAUUCCAGAGUUGGUGCCAUUUCGACUGACACAGAAUGUGAUUGACGGUAUGGGCUUGAAUGGUGUGGAAGGCGUUUUUCGUCAUGGCUGUCAGGAAACUUUGAGGGUUUUGCGGGGAGGUGCAAGUGUGAUCAAGACUGUGUUGGAGGUAUUCAAGAAUGAUCCCUUGUAUGAUUGGACCCAGAGCCCUGUCAAAGUGCUUCGAGCUCAAGGAUACGAUGAUGACGAUGAAAGUUUAGAGGAAAGCCGUCGGACAUCAGCGGCGACCAGUACUACCUCUGGUAUGAAUGGCAGAGGAACAGAAGGUGCUGGACAGAGCAAAGAAGUCGCAGAAUUGGCGGCUGAGCGUGCAAUCAAUUCCACCAUGGAGAAAUUGUCAAAUAAUCUCAGUGUUGAGUAUACCGUCAAUGCGCUGAUGACUCGUGCGAUGGAUUCAACCAAUCUUGCUACGAUCUUCCAUGGUUGGCAAGCGGCGCUUUGAUAACUUGUAUAAUAAGAACGAAGAAAGAAACAUAUA